AUGACAUCCAGGGCCCUGCGCGAAGCCAUUGAUUACGCAAGCCAUGAGCGCCUGAAGAUGACGCUCAAGGCCAUCUGCGAAAAGUCGGCCGUCGCCCGCGAGCUCGUCGGCCACGAACUCAUGGUCGACUCGCGCAGCAGCAGCGAGGAGCCCGUCUUCCACCGCCCGCCCUCAUCGCUGUCUGCCGCCACGUCGUUUCCGUCCGUUCUGCCCAUGGCCGCCGUGCUGCACGCCAAUGCGAAUGGUGGCGCCGUCCCCGCCACCCCGCCAAGCCGCAAACGCCCAAGCGUUCAAUUCGUCGAGUGCGUCCGCUGCAACAGGAAGUUCGAGACCGUCGCCGACAACAGCAGCCCCGGCGACUGUGUGUGGCAUCUUGGACCGCUCAAUGUCGACCUCGACCACGACAUCUGGACUGACUGGUGCGACAAAACAUACGGCCCGCUCGACAAUGAAGAAAACAUGAGGAACAACUUCCCACAGUACCCCGAAGGCUUCGUCUGGACCUGCUGCGGCGGCCGCGGCGACUCGAAUGGCUGCCAACGAGGACCCCAUCAGCAACGCGAAGCCUCCAUCAAAAGAGUGCGAGUCUGA